AAGUGGAUUGAUCAGCUCAUCGACCACCGACGAGCAAGACCCCACAGGCGACGUCAUUGAGGCCAAGGCAGUGGACACCAUGAAGCGCGCCGAGGUGUUUCUGGACCUCCUCAAGCACGCCGAGGACAACACCCCAGCAGAGAACUGCCUUGAUUGCACGUUCUGCGGGGCAUGGUUUCCACCAUAUUGGCUGCUGGAUAUUACCCCGGAAGGAACAGCAGACUGGCGCAAUCAUUACUACAGAUGCUGCUUCCAGUGCAUCAACGGGGACAACGACGACUACUACUGGUUCACCACACAUCCGUCCCUGUCACCUGCGCUCCCCAAUAGACCGGGCACCGCUGUGAGCCCCAAGCGCACUGAUUAUCGACACCAGGAUCGCUCAGCAGUGGCCAACUUGGAUGCAGACCACGACAACUACCCCAAGCGCUGGGUCAUCGCCUUGGACAGCAGCAACCAGCACCAGCGUAAGUUGUACAUCGAGGCCAUGUGGUCGGACAACAAGUUCCGUUGGGUGCGCCAUGUCGUCAUACCCCGCACCAACAACCCUCAGCAGGCCACGACGUUGGAUGUGGACGCCUUCUACAAGCUCUGCCAGAAGGUCAUCACCAUCAGACGCCGCGAAGCAGGGGAGCAACAUCGCCUUCGGAACACCUAUUGGACAGCGGCGUCCAUCCAUCAGGAACACCCGGGGCUCAACAAGGCAGAAGUUCGUGCGCAGGUGCGGGCACGCAUCUUGGCCCUCGUGGACCGCUUCACCGCGGACAUCCUGGGCUCAACAGAAGGCGACCGCGCUCGCAUCAUGGCAGCGUUCCGACAGUGGGACGAGGACACCGUUAAGUCGGCCCUGGACCCGGACUGGGACCGUCAUGCCUUUUUCCAGCGCAUCGAGGCAGACAACGACCUCACUGGGAAGAUCGGUUGCCAGGCCGUGGUGGACAACAAGCACUGGCUCCGGAAGAUAUCGCCGCAUGCCCCCAUCAAGGAGCAGCAUGGACGGUACAACUGUCCACAUUGCCUCAACGCCUACCGCCCCUGGAUUCAGCAGUCCGACCUCGUCCCGGCGCAGACGGCGCUCAUCGUGGCAGCGCCAGAUACCAUGGUUCCUCUGGUGUCCUUAGACUACGACGGGAAACAGUACACCA